AUGCAAGUAUUGUGCCUAAUAUUUAUCUUAGGCAUGGCUCAUAGUUGGAAUUUCCCAUCGUUCUUUGAACAAGAGUUAUCGUCUAAUAGUUUUCGUGGUUCGGCGACAAAUAAUAAUUCAAGUUUAUUACCCACAUUCGACGAUAUGAAUAAAAUGAUGGCAGCGAUGCAUCAUCGUUUUCAGCGUUUAUUUGGUUCACCAUCAUUUUCUAUGAAUCAUAUAGAUGAUUGGAUGACAAAUAGAAAGAAACUAGAUGCUGUUGAACCUGUUUGCACUAAAACAACAGAUUCGCCACCACCACCAACGGCAACCACAUCAAUGCAGAAAAAUCGACGAAAGAAAUUUCGUGGUGCACAAACAACAACAUGUAUUAAAGAAUUGAUCAUUGACGGGAAAAAACAAAUAUAUAAGGAAACAAAUGUAACUGAUGAUAAUGGUACUGUAAUUGCACAAAGCAAGAUCUAUCAAACUAUUUCUAUGAAUACAAUGAACAGUACAAUACCGAUAGAUAUUAAGGAAGAAAACGAUGUUAUUGCAUAUUAA